UUCACUUUCAGCCUUAGUUUUGGCGGCAAAAUCUGGAAACAGUAACAGCCAACUAGGGUUUCUCGUGCUCUCUCCUUUCGCAGAAAAUCACUCUGCGAUUCUGAAUUCGUCGUCUAUUAUGUGAGAAUUCCUCCAAUUAGGGCUUCGAUGGAAGCAGCAGUGACUCCAGCUGAUUCUCCAACCGUGAUAAAACCUAUUAACAAAGGCGCGGUUCACAGAAUCUGCGCCGGCCAAGUGAUUCUGAACCUCUCGUCCGCUGUAAAAGAAUUGGUCGAGAACAGCUUGGACGCCGGCGCCACCAGCAUUGAAAUCACUCUGAAAGAGUACGGCGAAGAGUGGUUCCAGGUCAUCGACAAUGGGUCCGGCAUUUCACCCAAUAACUUCGAGGUUUUGGCGCUCAAGCAUCAUACAUCAAAAUUAUCUGAAUUUCCUGAUCUUCAGUCAUUGACCACAUUUGGCUUCAGAGGCGAGGCAUUGAGUUCUCUUUGUGCUUUAGGGAAUUUGACUGUUGAGACUAGGACAAAGAAUGAGUCAGUUGCAACACACUUGACUUAUGACCAUUCUGGCUCAUUGGCAGCUGAAAAGAAAACGGCACGUCAAAUUGGUACCACAGUUACUGUUAAGAAGUUGUUCUCCAAUUUACCAGUGCGAAGCAAAGAAUUCAAGCGCAAUAUCCGCAAGGAAUAUGGGAAGCUUAUUUCAUUAUUGAAUGCCUAUGCCUUAAUUGCAAAAGGCGUGCGGUUAGUCUGCUCUAACACAACAGGGAAAAAUGCAAAGUCUGUGGUUCUUAAAACACAAGGAAGUGAUUCCCUUAAAGAUAACAUCAUUACAGUGUUUGGCAUGAAUGUCUUUAACUGCUUAAAGCCUGUGAAUAUAUGUAUAUCAGACAGUUGCAAGGUUGAUGGAUUCCUUUCCAAGGCUGGACAGAGUAGUGGACGCAACUUGGGAGAUAGACAAUUCUUUUUUGUAAAUGACCGACCAGUGGAUAUGCCUAAAGUCAGCAAGCUGGUGAACGAGUUCUAUAAAGGUGCAAACUCCCGGCAAUAUCCAAUUGCAAUCAUGAACUUUACCAUUCCGAAAGGAGCAUGUGAUGUCAAUGUAACUCCUGAUAAAAGGAAAAUAUUUUUUUCUGAUGAAAGCUCCAUACUGCAUGCCCUGAGGGAGGGUUUACAGCAGAUAUAUUCCCCAAGUAAUGCCUCUUAUUCUGUUAAUGAAGUUGAGGAGCAUACUAAGGAGGCAUAUAGCUCUGAGUUGCAUUCUCCUCAUGAGAAAUCUGCUGUGUUCUUAAAACAAUUAUCUCCAGAUGCCAGUGAUCCCAAAGUUAUUAAGGAGGAUGUCACAGAGAGUAUGAGUCCCCUAAAAAAUGUUGAAGGCACCCAGCAGCAAUUGCAUGAUUUAGAAGGAUCAAUCCAAAAUUGUAAUGACAAAUUCAUGGAGAAAGAUUUUACUCUUAGAGUUCAUGGCACCAAGAGGGCUGACAACUGUAGGCAAUUGACUGGCCUCCUCAACAGUUCUAAAACCAAUCAAAUUGCUUCCCCCUCUACACGAGCAGUUGAGAAUAAAAUUGUUGCCAGUACAGAUUCCAGCAGUCGUUCAAGCUAUGUUCAGUCCGCACUCAACAAAUUUGUGACUGUCAAUAAAAGAAAGCAUGAAAAUGUUAGUUCAGCAUUAUCUGAACUGCCUGUUCUUAGAAAUGAAACUCUUUCUUGCCCUUUAAGGGAUAGUGAGUCUAAAAGGCAGUCUGCAGUUUCUAGAUCCUCAGCUGGCAAUGAUUGGGUGGAUAAUUCUGUUGUCAUGAAUGAGAAUGAGCCUUCCAAGUAUCUCCGAGCAGAGAAGAUCCUUGGUAAAAUUGGAAAUCCACUUUCUUCUGGAGGCCAUCCUAAUGAUGCAAAACCCAGAAAGGAACUAGUGGAUCAAGAGAUAGCGGUGCCUUCUUCUAUUACAGUAUCAAUCGAUUCAUCUAGCAAGGAUCUCAACCAUGCAUCUAUGUGUUCCACAUUGCAAUUUAGUGUUGAAGACUUGAAGACAAAGAGGCAGCAGAGGCUAUCCUCAUUCCGGUUUAAUGAUUACAAACCUGGAAUAAUGAAGAAGAAAAGGUGCUAUGCCGCUGCAACUCUGGAGCUUUCUCAGCCAGAUAAUGAGGACCGAAAGGAAAAGGCUUUAGCGGCAGCUACCACUGAAUUGGAAAGACUUUUCAGAAAGGAGGACUUUGGUAGAAUGAAGGUAAUUGGGCAGUUCAACCUUGGUUUUAUUAUUGGGAAGUUAGAUCAAGAUUUAUUUAUUGUGGAUCAGCAUGCUGCUGAUGAGAAGUACAAUUUUGAGCAUCUUUCUCAAUCAACCAUCUUGAACCAACAGCCUUUGCUCCGGCCAUUGAGGUUGGAGUUAUCUCCUGAAGAAGAAGUGGUUGCUUCAAUGCACAUGCACACAAUUAGGAAAAAUGGCUUUUCUUUGGAUGAGGAUCCUUAUGCUCCACCUGGACGACAUUUUAUAUUAAAAGCUGUCCCAUUCAGUAAAAACGUUACUUUUGGAGUUGAAGAUGUCAAAGACCUGAUUUCUACACUUGCUGAUAGCCAAGGGGAAUGCUCAAUAAUUGGUAGUUACAAAAUGGACACUUGCGACUCUGUUUGCCCUACAAGAGUUCGUGCAAUGCUGGCAUCACGUGCAUGCAGAUCAUCUGUUAUGAUUGGGGACGCACUCGGUAGAAAUGAGAUGCAGAAGAUACUCCAGCAUUUGGCAGAGUUGAAGUCUCCUUGGAAUUGCCCGCAUGGUAGGCCCACCAUGCGACAUUUGGUCGACUUGACAACCAUUCAUAAAAGUUCAGAAGAAAAUGAUGCCAACUUGUAAUGGAUCUAUCUUCCCAUGAGUAUGCAUAGGCGUGGGUGUUUAUCUAACUUAUUUAGUACGACUUUAUAAAUCCAUGUAAAGAUUUCUCAUUCACCCCAUAGAGACGAUCAAUGUAUAUAAUAUUGGGGCUGGGGUUUCUGGAUU